AUGUAUUCCGAUAACGGAACUACCUUUGUCGGAGCUGACCGUGAGUUGCGCAGUGCUUAUCAAGCUGCUCUCCAUGAUCCGGACUUUCAGAACGCGACGGCUAGUGAUAAUAUCACAUGGCACUUUAUCCCAGCAGCAGCUCCACAUUUCGGAGGAAUAUGGGAGGCUGGAGUUCGAAGUCUAAAACAUCACUUGCGCCGCGUUCUGAAAGAUCAUGCACUCUGCUUUGAGGAGUUUACAACUCUCUAUUCAGAGUUUACAACUCUACUCUAUCAGGUUGAAGCGUGUCUAAAUUCUCGUCUGAUUGCACCUCUGAACGACACUCUCGAUAGUUAUGAACCGUUGACGCCUGGUCAUUUCUUGAUCGGAUCCGCGAUAACUGCAAGCCCUGAGCCCUCACUGCUCAACGUUAAGGAGAACCGUCUCACUCGAUGGCAGCUCAUUCGGCAACUCUCGGAGCGAUUCUGGAAACUAUGGGCUCAUGACUAUAUUAAUACGCUUCAGCAAAGGAGCAAAUGGCGACGGACUCAGCCGCCGAUCAAGGUAGAGCAGCUCGUCCUCCUUCGCAAUCCCGCACUGCCUCCGUGUAAAUGGGAAUUGGGAUGA